GUGGAUCCAAGACAGAUUGGUAGCCGGUCAGUCAGUCCAGGAAUCAUUUCUGUCGUAUCAUGGCGCUCGAAAGUAUUCUGCAGUUGAAUCUUCGCUCAGGCUUCGGCAAGGCAUCUCAAGAUGAUCAGGAUUUGCAGCGUUUCGACGAUGCCUUCGGUUCGAACUUACGCUGUCACACGCAGCUUGCUCAGCCGCCGUUCGCCGACCCGAACGAGUCUAUGCCGGCGCUGAUGAAAGACGACUCUGGGAAACAGAUCAAGAUCCACUACGACAAAGGCACCACCACGCUCUGUUUCAAGUACAAGGGAGGGGUCGUCGUCGCAGCCGACUCUCGAGCCACCGGGGGUGAGUACAUCGGCUCGCAGAGCGUCAAGAAGAUCAUCGUGAUCAACAAGUACCUCCUGGGCACCAUGGCCGGAGGCGCCGCGGACUGCGUCUACUGGCAGCGGGUGCUGUCCGAACGCUGCCGCAUCUACGAGCUGCGGAACCGAGAGAGGAUCUCGGUGGCGGCUGCGUCCAAGUUACUCGCCAACAUCCUGUACAACUACAAGGGCAUGGGGCUGUCCCUGGGAGUCAUGAUCUCCGGCUGGGACAAGCGGGGACCCGGCCUGUACUACGUCGACAACGAGGGAAACCGUCUCUCGGGUAGCAUGUUCUCGUCCGGUUCGGGAUCGACAUACGCAUUCGGCGUCCUCGACAACGGCUACAAGUUCGACAUGGAGGACGGAGAGGCCUUCGAGCUCGCCCGCAAGGCCAUCUACCACGCGACGUUCAGGGAUUCGGCCAGCGGCGGAAUCGUGAGGGUGUACCGCGUGACGGAAGCCGGCUGGGAGUGCAUCUCGGAGGAAGACUGCAUGGACCUGCACUACAAGUACCAGGCGGAGAAGAUGCAGGUUUAGGGUGCGGACAGUCAUCCGCCGAGGAAGAUGAAACGCUUUGUUUCAGCCGUACCUUUUCUUUUUGUAAUCUGAUGGAACCCAAUAAAGGUACGGAUGUCGCAAACUUGCGCAUA